AUGAAGGACGAGCAAUGCAGACCGCCGACGUCAUAUUCGUCGUCGCUAUCGCUUUCCCUUUCCUCGUCUGAGGAGGAGCUCCAGCACAUGCCGCUGGCGCCGCCCAAGAUGCUGAACAGGAAGCGCCUCAGCAAGCAGCUGUCCAUGUGCGAGACACCACGAGACAUUGCGUGGGAGAAGCGGCGCCGGCAGAUUCUCAGGCAGGAGAGGAGGAGGAAUGGGAUCAACGACUCCGAUGACAUGGUCCUCACGGACGAAGACUUGCACGAGCUCAAAGGCUGCAUUGAGCUAGGGUUUGGAUUCAAUGAGGAAGAGGGUCAGAGGCUCUGCCCUACCUUGCCCGCUCUUGACCUUUACUUUGCCGUCAACCGCCAGUUUUCCCCGAGUCCCGUGUCCACCCCGAAUAGCGCCCGCCAUUCUACAUCGUCAUUGGGUGGACGGUCCUCGUCGUUUGGAAGCCCUAGGAGCGACACAGAUGCAUGGAAGAUUUGCAGUCCAGGUGAUAAUCCACAACAGGUAAAAACCAAGUUGAGGCAUUGGGCUCAAGCUGUGGCUUGUUCAGUGAUGCAGUCUUCUUGAAGUGUGGAUCAUCAGAUGGCUUUGCUUGUACAGACAGAGAGAGAAAGGAAAAGAGGAAGGAAAAAGCUCCUUCUUGUUCAGCGGUGCAGUUUAGAUUGAAGUGUGAGAUGGCUUUGCUGGUUGUACAGAGGAGAGAGGAGAGGAGACUACUUUCUGCUUUCUACUUUCUAGAGAGAUACAUACAGGAGAGAAGAGAGGAGAGGAGAGAGAAGAGGAAGAAGAUCGAGGUCGGCUUAAGCUUAAAAUGAAUUAGGGCUUUGUUGAUUAAUUUGUGCUUACUGAUUAUACCACCAGAGAUUGAAAAAUGUUAAGCCGCAAGCAUGCAAAGAAGUCUUAUUGGCACUCAUGAGAACCUAAUUGGUUUGGUUUGGUUUGGCUAGAGAAGGAUUUAGUGUGCUUAAUUUUCCAAGUUGACACUUUGAAUAUCCAAAUUUCUCUCUUGGGUGCACUGCGCAACACGUUUGAUGAUGGAAUGGAAUGGAACAAUUCAUUUUUGUGCCUCAUCGAUCUUAUGUUGUCAAAAUGGAAUUCAAGGAAU